AUGGCGAUGCGGUCGCCUGGAUGGAAGAGACCCCUCACUGUGAAGGUGGGGGGUAGCUCCCAAGAGCCUAGUCAGAGGAAGAGGAGGUGGAGGAGGAGGAGGAGGAGGAAGAGGAUGAUGAUGAGGAGGAAGGCAGUGAGGGUGUUACUGCCAACUGAGGAGGAGGAGGAGGAGGAGGAGGGAAGCUCAAUUGAGGAUGAGGAUGAAGAGGAGGAGGAGGAGGAGCAGGAGGAGAGUGUGUUUACAGACAAUAGGAGCUCAGAGGGACAAGGGAGUUUAGAGAGCGACAGGAGGUCAGAAGUGAGAGGGGAAUCAGAAGGGGAAGAAGACGAAGAGGAGGAGCAGGAGGAGAGUGUGUUUACAGACGACAGGAGCUCAGAAGCAGGGCAAAGCACAGAAAGUGACAGGCGUUCAGAAGGGGAUAGGUCAGAGGGUGACAGGUCAGAGGAGGAUGGGAUGUCAGAGGGAGAGGAUGAUACCGAGGAAGAAGGAGGGGAGAGUUUUGGGAGCGAGGAGGAGGAGAGGGCGGCAAAGAUGCUUCGAGCAGAGAGCAAGAGGCGGUUGAUGCAAUGGGAGGAGAGGAGGAGGAGGAGAGUGGGGAGGGUGAGGAGGAGUAUGAGUCGGGCGAGUGAGAGAGGGGAAGAGUCGCAAGAGGAGGAUGAGUAUGGUUCCAGAAGUGCGAGUGAGAGAGAGAGUGAGAGGGAGAGUGAGAGCGAAGGAGGAAGGCACGAGGAGGAGGAGGAGGAGUGGGUGGAGGAAGAAGCAAGGGAUUCGGUUAGGAGUGGUUCGGAGGGAAGCCUGGGUGCACGCAGUGAGGAGGAACAGGAUGAUUCAGAAGAAGGGGAGGAGGAGGGGGGAGGGGGAAGGGAAGAGGAGGAGGAGGGGGAGGGGCAAAGGGAAGAGGAGGAGGAGUACGGUUUCUCAUCAGAAGAUGAAGCUUCUGCUGCUGUGCCCGCUGCUGCAUCUUCUCCUCCUCACUACCCACCCCAUCCGUCCCAGCAUCCUCCCCCUCCUCCCCAGUAUUCCCCUUCUCCAUCCACCCCAGAGUUCUCUCCCCUUCCCUUGUCUCACCCCCCUGAACCCAUCCCCUCUAUCCUCCACCCAAUGGACCCACGUGCACAUCCAGUUUCCGUGCCUCCUCACACUACAACCUCUCCACCUGCCCUUACAACAGCCUCUCCCACCACCUUUGCUACAGCCGCUCCUACCACCACCCAUGCUAAAGCCUCUCAUCGCCCCCAAUUUACUGCUGCUCCCUCUCCUGCAGUCCUCCACCCUCUGGACCCACGAGCUCAGAAGCCGCUGCCAGCACAGUGGGGAGGGAGGAGAGUUUUUGUGGCGGAUAGUGGUUACAAGGGGAGUGCAUUUGAGGGAGAAGGGGGUGAGGGAGAGAGAGAGGGUAGUGAAGGGGAUGCAAGGGCGAGUGAGGCGGAGAGUGUGAGUGGUAGUGGAGAAGAGAGCAGGAGCAGUGUGGGGGGGAGUGAUUAUGGGAGAAGUGAGGGAAGCAGUGAGGAGACAGGGAGCAGUGAGGGAGAGAGUGAGGGAGGGAGUGGGGAGAGUGAGGAGGAGAGUGGGGAGGAGAGCGGGGAGGAGAGUGAGGGUAGUGUGACCGAGACAGAUGCAGUGACCCGAUCCAGCUACUCAGGGAGUGAGGGAGAGGAGUCAGAGAAAGAGGAUGGGUCGAGCGAAGGGGAGAGUGAGAGUGGGGAGAGUGAGAGUGGGGAGAGUGAGAGUGGGGACAGUGAGAGUGGGGAGAGUGCGAGUGGAGAGAGUGAGAGUGGAGAGAGUGAGAGUGGAGUGAGUGAGAGUGAGGAACUAAGUACAGUAGGAACGAUGAGUGUGGCACGGGAGGGAGGAGCGGCGGGUUCAACAUAUGCUGAGACAGAAACCGAGGCAGAAACAGAGACAGAAGCAGAUGGGAGGAGUGAAAGGGUGGGGUUGGAGGUGGAUGGAGAGAGUGUGGUGACAGAGGAAGGGGUGCUGAUAGAGGUGGCGAGUGUGGCGAGUGUGGUGGGGAGGGGGAGUGUGGUGGGGAGGGGGAGUGUGGUGGGGAGGAGUGAGGGAGUGAGGGUAGACAGUCUGCUGAUAGAGGUGGAGAGUGUGGCUGGGGGGGAGAGUGUGGCGGGUGGAGGGAGUGUGUUUGGAGGGGAGAGUGUGGUGGGAGGAGGGAGUAUACUGGGAGAAGAAGAUGUGAUUCUUGAAGGGGGAGAAGAGGAAGCAGAGGGAGCACGCAGUAGGGAAGGAAGCGAGCCGGACAGGAGCGUGGGAAGUGAGGGAGUGGAAGAACAGGGGAGCGAGGAGAGUGAGGAAGUGGAAGAAAAUGAGAGUGAGGGGAGUGUGUGGAGCGAACAUAUCAGCGGCGGGGAGGGGUUGGGUGGUGAAAGAGGGAGUAUCGUCGGGAGUGGAAGUGAGAGAGAGGAGGCUGCGAGUGAGGGAAUGAUGACGGAGCAGGACAUGGGUGCGCUGCAGUUCCUGUGCUCCGUGGACUUCUACAAGUCGCAAACACAGCAUGGUGAUUUCCGCGUGGACUUUCUCUUUGACGCCAAUCCGUUCUUCACCAAUGAAUACCCUUUCCUCGGACAUUCCGUCAACCUCGGCAUCUCCUAUCUUUGCUCGCCUCACUCCCAUGCCUUCUGCCUCUCCUCUCAACCUGCCAGCACCCCCAUAGCAUGGCAACCAGGCAGGGACUUAACUAAGCGUCGCACGGGGUGGUUCGGCUGGGCUGCUGCCACUCUCACGCAGGGAGGGAAGGGAGGCGGUGCUGGUGCGGGUGGUGGCAGGAGCAGCUUCUUUACACUGUUUGCCUCUCGACCUGCCCUCUCUGCUUCUGAAGCCACGAGGAGGCUGUGCGCAUUGAAGAUGCUGGAAGAAGCCGCUCUCACCAAUGGCCUUCUUCAGCUUCAUACGUGCUGUACCGAUUUUCUAUCCAAUUCUCUCCCUGCCUCAACUCCCUCCUACCCCCUCCCCUCCUACCCUCCCCCCUCGUCCCCCUUCAUCUCCUCCUCCCUCCCACGAGCCACCCAUCAGCGCAUGAAGAUGCUGGAAGAAGCCGCUCGCAUGAAGAUGCUGGAGGAAGCUGCUCUCACCAAUGGUCUCCUGGAGGAGGAGUUGAUUCAACGGGAGGUGGAAAAGAAGCAAGGAGGAGAAGAAGAGGAGGAGACAGAAGUGAGUCAAAGAGAGGAGGAAGAAGAGGGGGAAGAGGAGGAGAGUGGAAUGAUUGUAAAGGACCAAGGCACGUUUGAAAGGGAUGGGGAGAUGGAGAGGGUAGGAAGGAGCAGAGAGGAAGAAGGGGCGAACAUAAGGGAGGUGGAGACGACGACAGGGAAAGCAGCAGACGUAGCAGGGACGGAGAUCGAAGGUGUAGGGGCGGAGAUUGAGGGUGUGGGGGCGGAGAUUGAGGGUGUGGGGGCAGAGAUUGAGGGUGUGGGGGCGGAGAUUGAGGGUGUAGGAUUGGGUUUGAAGGGAGAGCGUGCAAUGGUAGUGGCAGCAACAAGUGAUGCAGAGGGGGGGAGUGAGAAGGGUGAGAGUGAGACGGGUGUGACCGAGAGGGAGGAGAGUGAGUGGGAGGAGAGUGAGAGGGGGGGAGAGCGACAGUGCAUGAGUGGCGAGGUUGAGCAGGACAGCUGGCUGGGGCCUGCUGCCGCUGCUGCUCCGUCUUCUGCUGCACCUUCCAUGUUCUCACGAGCAGGAACACCCAUGCCGGGUGUCCGUCCUUCUGGCUUACCUCCUCCUCCUCCUCCUCCUCCUCCUCCUCCUCAUCCCGUUCCCGGUGGUGGUGCUUCUCGUGCUGCUUUGCCCGCUGCUACUCCCGCCUUUGCCUCCCGUGCCGCUACUCCCAUGCCGGGAGUGCAUGCUGCUUCUGCUUUGCCUCCUCCUGUUCCUCCUUCUGCUGCUGCCCCUGCAGCGUUCUCUCGUUCCACCACCCCCAUGCCCGGUGUGCAUGCCGCUCUUGCUCCUGCUCCUCAUCCUUCCAGGGCAGUAACACCCAUGCCCGGUGUUCGUGCUGCAGCUACUCCCAUGCCCGGCGUUCGCGCCACAGCAACGCCCAUGCCUGGCGUGCACGACAUGCCUGAUGUGCGUGCCACAGCUACACCCAUGCCCGGUGUGCGCGCUACAGUCACACCCAUGCCCGGCAUGGCUGGGGAGAACAGCAGGCAGCAGCAGCAGCAGCACCACGGGAGAGCUGCUGUCAGCAGGGGCCACUCGCGUGGAGCGACUGAGGGGGCUGCGUUUUACACCCCCGUUGAAGGGGCAACUGCGUUUUACGGCCCACCAACUGAGCAUGCGGCCUUCUUCGCCCCCCCUACUGACGGGGCUGCGUUUUACGCCCAAGCUGUAGGGCGCUCCCAGUCCCACAGGCACGCUGCAAGCCCCUCCCACUCGUAUUACAGGCAGGCUGUAAGUCACGGUCGCAGCCUGAGCCACGGCCCUGGGGGGUGGGCUGUCACUGACCCUCACUUUGCUGCUGCUGAUCAAGCUGGGACGGAGAGCGGUUUGGAGGUGUGGCGUGCGGUCAUGCAGGGGUAUGGGGAAGGGGGUGUGGGCGCAGUGGGGAUGGGGUAUGGGGAGCAGGGUACACGGACAGGGAUGCAGUAUGGGGAGGGGGGUGGGGGAGCAGCGGGAAUGGGGUAUGGGGAGGGGGAUAAUGUGGGGGAAGCAGGGAUUGAGUAUGGGCUGGGAGGCAGUGAACAAUCAGGAGCAGUGAUAGCCUGUGGGCCGUGGCAGGAAGGGGGAGAGGGGGUUGUGGGGGGGAGUCAGAGGCUGGUGGUGGCGAGUGGGAGUGAGAGGGACGGCGAUAGGAGCAGUGUGGGGGACAGGAGCAGUGUGGGGGAUGGGAGCAGUGUGAGUGUGGGGGAUAGCCUGGUGUCGCUUCUGAGAAUUCUGAAAAACGAGGGGGAGGGCGAUGGGAGCAGUGUGGCGGAUAGUCUAGCAAGCAGCAUGGAUGGUGGUGGUGGUGGGGGCAUGCCGGGUAUGGCCGAUGGGAGGUCUGGUAUGGGUGAUGGGAGAAUGAGUGUGGGUGAUGGGAGAAUGAGCGUGGGUGAUGGGAGAAUGAUUGUGGGUGAUGGGAGAAUGAGUGUGGGUGAUGGGCGUUCAGGGAUAGCCGAUGCGAGGUUUGCGCAUGCUCUCAGUCAGUCAUUGGCACGGGCGGCUAUGGGGAAUCUAGAGUCGGUGAGGGAGGAGCGGGAGGCAGGAAGGGGAGGAGAGGAGGGUGAGGAAGAGAGGGAAGCGAGGAUGGAUGUGUGGAGAGAGGUGAUGGGGAAUUACUGGGAGAUGAGAGGGGCGGGCGCGUUCGGGUAUAGACAUGCCGACAGACAUGCAGAGAGACGUGAGGAUACACACGAGGACAGGGAUGAGGAUAUAGAUGAGGAGGGUAUAAAUAUGAAUGGCAAGGUGGAUGCGUAUAAGGGGGAGAGGGCCGGAUGGGUGGAAGAAGAGGAGGGCGGUUUGGAGGUUGAGGAUAGGGAGGACGGGCAUGAGGAAGAGGAGGAGGAGGAGAACGAAGAGGAGGAUGGGAGGGUGGUUGUGGUGUUCAAAACUGCAACCCGAGCUGCUGAGAUCCACGUGGAGGAGAGUGAUAGGGGCAGUGCGGAUCACUCUGCUGACGUGGCGAGUGAUUUGAGUGAGCACGCGCUGUACAAUGCUGAAGAUGAUGUGGCAGGUGCUGGUAUUGUGACACGUGGGCGUAGCACACAGGAGGAGAGUGGAGAGUGGGAUGUGCCAAGGGAUUUGGAGCAGGAGAGGGGGACUGUCGGGGGAGUGGAGGAUGAGGGUGAGAGGGUCAAGGUGAGUGGAAAAGCAGGAGCAGACAGUGAUAAUAUUGGUGGUGGGGAUGAUGGUGCGGUGGCACCUGAUGUCUUAUCUGAUGGGGUACACGAUAGUGAAGAGAAUGAUGAUUCGGGGGACAUCCAUGGUAGUGUGUAUGAGGAUCAAGAAACGGAGGAGGAAGGGGUAGAAGAUGAGGAGGAGGAGGAGGAAGAGGAGGAGGAUGAGAGGGUGGUAGUGGUGUUUAAGACAGCAACCAAGGGGAAAACGGAUGAGGAGGAAGAGGAGGUGGUGGGAGAGUCCACGACUGAGAAUGGGUCACUGACUGAGGGCCCUCUGGAUACGGAUACUGAGGAUGUUGAUAACGAGUAUGAGGACAACGAGAGGGUGGUUGUGGUGUUUAACCGGCCGAGAACUGGUGAGAGGAGGGACCAGGGGGAGGAUGAGAGGGAGGAUGAAGAUGAUGGGGAGGAUGAAGAUGACGUGUUGCUAGGCAGUGUGGUUGGGGAUGCGAUUCUGACAGGAAGUCAAAUGGCCAGCCAGACAAGCAGUUAUGCUGGUGAGGAGGAGGGUUGGGAGGCAGGAGAAGAGGAAGAGUUGAUUGCUGGUGAUAAUAGUGAAGAAGGGAGUUUGGAGGAUGGGGAGAGGGUGGUGGUUGUGUUUAAGAAGGCAACACAUGCUGAGAAGGAGGAGGAAGUAGAAGAUGAGGAGGAGGUGGAGGAGGAGGAGGUAGAGGAGGAGGUUGGAGGUAUUAGCGAGGAGGGGAGUCUGGAGGAUGGGGAAAGAGUGGUGGUCGUGUUUAAGAAGGCAACACAUGCUGAGGAGGAGAAGGAAGAGGAGUUAGAGGAGGAGGAGGAGGUAGAGGAGGAGGAGGAGGAGGAGGAGGAGGAGGAAGUAGAGGAGGAGGUUGCAGGUAUUAGCGAGGAGGGGAGUUUGGAGGAUGGGGAGAGAGUGGUAGUGGUGUUCAAGAAAGCAACACAUGCUGCGAAGGACGAGGAGGAGGAGGAUGAUGAAGAGGAGGUGGGAGAGGGACGGAGGGUGGAAGAGGAAAUGAGUGAGGAGGGAGGAGAGGGACUGAGGGAGGAGGCAAGGAAGCAUGAAGACGGGCAUGAGGAGGAGGAAGAGGGGGAGGAAAAGGAGGAAGAGGAGGAGCAGGAGGAGGAAGGCUAUGGGGAGGAGGAGGAUGAGGAGGAUGGGGAGAAGAGGAAGGAGAUUGAGCGAUGGAUAGAGGUGGCAGAGAUGGAAAUGGCACAGACGAGCCCGCAGGGGGGAGUUAGCAGCAGGCGUAGUGGCAGCGGGGUGAGCAGUAUUGACCUGAGCUUCAGUGUUGACUUGAGCAGAAGCAGGAGCAGGAGCAGGAGUCGGAGCGAUAGUGGGAGUAGGAGCGAAAGUGGGAGCAGUGGCAGUGGAAGUGGGAGCGAGGGGAGUGAGAGUGGAACAGAGGCGAGUGGGAGUGAGAGAGAGAGGGUGAGGAGGGAGAGGAGUGAGGCGAGUGAGGAGGGCUUGGAAGGGAGUGAGAGGAGAGUUGGGAGUGGGAGUGUGAGUGGGGGUGGAAGCAAGCGGUCGGGGAGGAGUAGUGUGAGUGAGCGACAGAGUGACCAUUUGGUUGAGAGAAAGGUGGAGACAGCGAGUGUUGGUGCGAGUGAGAAAGCGAGUGAGGAAGGUAGUGAAGGUGAGAGAGGGAGCUUGAGCAAGAGUGAUAGUGGCAGUUGGAGUGAAACGAGGAGCAAGCACAGUGCCACCGGCACUGCUACCGAAAGUGCUACGAGCAGUGUUACUGGCAGUGUCAAAAGCAGCGCUGCUGACAGUGCUGCAUGUGGUAGGAGUCAGAGUGGGAGUGAACGAGCGAGCGAGAAAGCCAACAGCAUGAGGAGCAGUUCUGAUAGCAGUGGUGAGAGAGAGAGGAGUGACAGUGAGCGUGAGAGAGUGGUGGAGGAGACUUUGAGUGAGCAUGAGAGUGUGCAUGAGAGUGUGGGGAGGAGUGUGAGUGAUCAUGAGAGUGAGCAUGUUAGUGAGCGUGAGAGUGAAAUGCAUAGUAAGGGCGAGAGUGAUGGGGAAAGUGUGACCCUUAGUGAAAACGAGGGGAGUGGAAAAGAUAGUGUGAGUGGAAGUCACAGCGAAGGCAGUAGUGCGAAGGAUGACACUGAGAGUGUAGCGAGUGAGGGUGUGAGUGAGACAGUGAGUGAGGGAGUGAGUGAGGGGAUGAGUGAGGGAGGGAGUGAGAGUCCGAAAAGCAGCAGAAGCCAUAGCAAAUACAGCAGCACGAGUUCCAAACAUAGCAGUGCAGUGAGUGUAAGCAGUAGCGUGCACAGCCAACACAGCAGCAUUGACAGUCAGCGCAGCAGCUCGCACAGUCAGCGCAGCAGCUCGCACAGUCAGCGCAGCAGCUCGCACAGUCAGCGCAGCAGCUCGCACAGUCAGCGCAGCAGCUCGCACAGUCAGCGUAGCAGCUCGCACAGUCAGCGCAGCAGCUCGCACAGUCAGCACAGCAGCACACACAGCAGGAGUGCAAGCAGCCAUGCUCGCAGCAGUAGCAGCAAAAGCGAUGCGUUCAGUGCUGCAAAGAGCGAGGAGACAUCUGCUAGUGAGCGUUCUGAGACGACCCAGGACUCGCUCAGUGGAGCGAGUGGGGAUGCUUCAGCCGCUGUGGGCAGAGUUGGUAGCACAACAGGCAGUUUGAGUGGCAGCAAGAGCAAGCACAGCAGGGGCAGUAGUGUAAGCAGGGGGAGCAGUGUAAGCAAGGGGAGCAGUGUCAGCAAGAAAAGCAAGGGAAGGAGCAGGGAGAGCAGUGUCAGCAAGAAAAGCAAGGGAAGGAGCAGGGAGAGCAGUGUUAGCAAGGAAAGUAGGAGGAGCAGUGUCAGCAGCCCUAGGUCGGAUGGGGACAGCUAUGACGGUGGUUCGGGGAGUGGUGCGAGUGACAGGGAGGAAGAGAGGAUGAGUGGGGAAAUGGAAGAGAGUGGGGUAGUGGAGAAGAGUUGGGUAGUGGAAGAGAGUGGAGUAGUGGAAAGUGGUGCAAUGGAGAGCUGGAGUGGGGUGGAGGGGUUAAGUGACGAGGAGCAAGGGAGCGAGGUCCAAGAGGCUCAAGCACACGGGAGUGAGGAGCGAGGGGUGGAAGGGCAGGAGAGUGAGGAGCGAGAGGCUGGAGAGCAGGAGCGUGAGGAAGAUGGUGUGGAUGUGUGGAGCAGUGAGAGUGACGCAUGGCCUGAGGCAGAGGGAGAGGCGAGAGAAGAAGGGGAAGGAAUAGUGCCAGCACCAGAAGCUGUGAGUGGGGAUGGUGCAAGGGGUGUUGUGGAGAGUGAUGAGGAGGAAGAUGGGACAAGCUGGGUUACCAGCAUCGUAUCUCCUCUGCAGCAGGAGAAGGUGGCCCCUGGACACGUGGUGGAUGCUGAUUGGACGGAGGAGCUGGGGGAGGAGCAGCAGGUGGUGCAGGUGCCAGGAGCAGAGGGUCAGGUGGAUGGUCAGGUGAAUGAUCAGGUUGGUCAACAAGCAGGUGAGCUACAGCAGCAGCACCAGGAUGAAAGGGAGGUAGCAGCAGCAGCAGCGGCGGCAGCAGCAGCGGCAGGCAGAGCGGUUGCUGAGAACGGGGCAGGGGUGGGCAAGGAUGGAAUGUCACGUUCAAUAGAAGGCGAUGGGAUGAUAAGGCAGACUGGCGAGGAUGGGGUGAUGAGGCAGAUUGGCGAGGAUGCGUAUGUGUACGAGAUGGGGGAUGGUGUGCGAGGAAAGAGCAAGGAUGAAUCGGCACGUUCAGCAACAGGCGAGGACGGGGUUAUUCGGCAGAUUGGCGAGGAUGCGUAUGUUUAUGAGAUGGGGGAUGAUGUGGGAGCAUGUGAGGAGCUGGAUUGGAGCAGGGAUGUGGGCGAUGGGGGGUGUUGCUGCCAGUGGCGCUGCCAGUGUUGCUGCAGCGGUGCUGUCAGUGGCGCUGUCAAGUUGGACGGACAGAACGAGGAGGAGAGAGAGGAGAGAGAGGAGAGAGAGGAGAGUGAGGAGAGAGAGGAGAGAGAGCAGAGCGAGGACAAGAGAGAGGAGAUUGGUGAGGAGAGAGAGGAGAUAGCGGAUGAGAGAGUGGAGAGAGGGGACGAGAGAGAGGGGAGCGAAGAGAGAGAGGAGAAGGGGCUGAGAGAGGAGAGAGAUGACGAGAAAGAGAAGGGGGCAGAGGUCAAGGAAGAGGAGGAUGUGGGGAGGGAGGACGAGGAGGUGAGUGAGGAGGAGGUGGAGAGGGAGGAGGAGGUGGAGAGGGAGGAGGAGGAGGAAGGGGCGAGGGAGGAGGAGGUGGAGGAGGAGGAGAGGGAGGAGCAGGUGAGGGAUGAGGAGAGGGAGGAGGUGGAGGUAGAGAGGGAGGGGGAGGAGGAGGUAGAGAGGGAGGAGGAGCUGGAGAGGGAGGAGGAGGAGGAGGAGGAGGAGGAGGAGGAGGAGGAGGAGGAGGAGGAGGAGGAGGAGGAGGAGGAGGAGGAGGAGGAGGAGGAGGAGGAGGAGGAGGAGGAGGAGGAGGAGGAGGAGGUAGGGAGAGAGGGAGAGGACGAAGGGGAGGAGGAGUGGAGUGACAUGAGCGAGGAGGAGUGGAGCAGCAUGGAGCUAGCGGCCACCCAGUCCCCCUUCCCCGCCGCCUCCCCUCUCCCCUCCGCCAGCCCCUACGCUGCUCUCUCCCCACUGCCCUCCGCCACCCCAACGAGUGCAGGCAUGGGUGCGCCUCUGGAUAGUGUUGCGGUUAGCCUGGCGCUGCAGCAGCAGCAACAGCAGCAGCAGGAGCAGCAGCAGGAGCAACAGGGGCAGCAGGAGGAGCAGGAGGGGCAGGAAGCAGAGGGCCUGGCAAUCAAAGAGGCGGAGGAGGAAGACGAGAAGGAGGAUGGGGAAAGGGAUGAGGGGCUUGAAGGGCUUCAAGGGCAGAGCAGCGCCUUCGCGUUUGCCUCGGGCAGUGAUUCCUCUGUGCUGCCCCUUGCCAGUCCUAUGGCGCUGCCUCAAGAUCGAGCUGCUGUUGGUGGGGGUUCAUGGGCGGAAGAGACUCAGCAAAAUCGAAUCUUUGGAAGCUCACUUGGUGGUGCCGUUCCUGUGUCUCAACGCACUCCUGCUCUUACCACCUCUGCUGCUGUGCCGCGCUCCGUUGCUGCUGCCGAUCUUGCUGACGUGGCGAAUGCGCAUCAUGCUGACGUGGCACGUGCUGGGUCGGGUGCUCCACGUCAAUGUGCUGUUUCAGUUGUGCUACCUUCAGGUGCUGUGUCUGUUAUGCUGCCGUCAGGUUCUGUCACUGUUGCACUGCCGUCAGGUGCCGUCUCUGUUGGUUCAGGUGCUAGCCCUGAUCCGCGUGCUGCAAAUUCUCCUGAGACUGCGGAAGCGAGAAUGGAUCAAAGUGAGUGGGAAGAUCUUAGGGGGACAGAGGUGGAGGAGGGGUCAGAAGGAAAGGGGAGUGAGAGUGAUGAGGAGGGGAAGAGUGAUGGGAAGGAAGAGAAAGCAAGUGAGGACGAGAGUGAGGGAGAGGGUGAGAAGUGGGAGGAAUCUGAGGAGUGGAGUGAUGUUGGUGAUGCAGUAACCAGUGAAGCCGGUGAUGUGGUCACCGGCGAUGCUGGCGAUGCUGUAACCAGUGAUGCUGGUGAUGCAGUAACCAGCGAUGCUGGUGAUUCAGUAACCAGUGAGGCUGGUGUUUUGGUUACCGAAGUUGGUGGUUUGAGCGUGAGUAGCACAGAAAGGACGGCUGAGGAGGCAGUAAAUUGGGCAGAAGAGAGUGAGAUGAUGGCAGACAAAGAUGGUGGGGAGGGAGUAGUGAGUGAGGACUGGAGUGAGAGGGAAGAGAGCGAGGAGGAAGGGUUUGAAAAAGAAAAGAGUGAGGAGGGAGGGAGUCAUAUGGAAGGGAGUGAAAGCGAAGGGAGUGAGAAGGAAGAGAGUGAGAAGGAAGGGAGUGGGAAGGAAGGGAAUGAAGAGGGUGAAACCAGAGAGGAGGAUGCAAGAGCAUCAGAGGAAGCGCAAUCUAUGGCCCUUGGCAACGCAGCCGGCAGAGUGCAAGAGCAAGGCGCUGUAGAAAUUUCUGAGGCGCCUCAGAAGUCUAUAGGCCUUGAUGAUGCAGAUGGCAGAGUGCAAGCACAAGGAGCGGUAGCAGCAGAGGAAGAGGGUUCGAUAAGGCCUCUGGCAACGCUCAUGGCCCAGAGGUCAUGGCCGGCAGUCGCUGCUCUGGCCGUGGGAGGAGGUGUGGUGGCAGCAGCACAGGCUGAUGGGCUGGUGGCAGGAGGUGAAUGGGAGAGCGAGGAGUGGAGUGAUGUGGGGUCCGGUGUAGGUGAGUGGGAGGAGGAGGUUGUGGGAUCUGGAAGAGUGGAGGGAGAGAGUCAGGGAGAGAGUGAGGGAGAGGGUGAGGGAGGGAGUGAGGGGGUUGGUGAGGUGGAUGGAGAGAGUGAGGGUGAGGUGCGGGAUGGAGAGAAGCAGGAGGAUGAAGUUAGCAAGGGAGAGGAGAUUAGAAUGGAGGAUGGAGAUGGAAGGAGUGAGGAGGCUGAAGAGGGGGGAGAGGAGGUGGGAGAGGAUAAGGAGAGAGAGGAUAAGGAGAGAGAGGAUAAGGAGAGAGAGGAUAAGGAGAGAGAGGAGAAAGAGGGUCUGCAAGGAAGCAGCGCAGACAUGGCAGGAGAAGUAAAUCUGCCAGCUGAUGAGAGUGAGAGGCAUGUGGGUAGGAAGGAGGAGCAGGAGGAGGAGGAGGAGAAGGAACGGGAUGAGAGGGAAGUGGAUGGGGAGAGGGAGCGGCAGGGACAAGAGGAAGUGGAGGCUUCACACAGAGAGGAACUGGAGGGUGUUGCUGAAGGAGGGAGGGUGGAGGAGGGAGAGGAAGGGAGAGUGGAGGAGAAAGUGGAGGAAAAAGGGGUAACGGAAGGGAGGGUGGGGGGUGAGGGCAGAGAUGCACAUGCAGAAGGGAGUGAAGCAGAGGAUGGGAGUGAGAGUAGAAGUGAGUGCAUGAGUGGAAGGGAGAGUGAUAACAUGAGUGAGAGAGAGAGUGAAAGCGAAGGUGAGAAGGAGAGUAAGAGCAUGAGCGAGAGGGAGAGUGACAGCAUGAGUGAGAGGGAGAGUGAUAGCAUAAGUGAGAGGGAGAGUGAUAGCAUGAGUGAGAGGGCGAGUGAAGGUAAGAGGGAGACAGAGAGUGACAGUCUGAGUGAUAGGGAGAGUGAAAGCGUGAGUGAGAGGGGGAGUGAAGGUGAAAGGGACAGGGUGAGUGAAAGUAUGAGUGGGAGUAGAAGCGAGAACGGGGCUGAGAGUGAGAGUGGAAGUGAGAGGGAUGCUGGAAGUGAGAGUGAAAGUGAGAGGGAUGCUGGAAGUGAGAGUGGAAGUGAGAGGGAUGCUGGAAGUGAGAGUGAAAGUGAGAGGGAUGCUGGAAGUGAGAGUGAAAGUGAGGGGGGAGCUGAGAGUGAGAGUGCAAGUGAGAAGGGAUCUGAGAGUGAAAAUGAAAGUAAGAAGGGAUCUGAGAGUGAGAGUGGAGGUGAGAGGGGGGCAGAGGGCACUGGCGCUGUAGCAGGGGGCACUGCCAUUGCAGGAGGUGUGGCCUUUGAGUCGACUGAAGAAGAGAUCGCAGAAGGCGCAGCAGCUGGCACAGCAGAGGCAGAGGCAGAGGCAGAGGCAGAGGCAUGGGCAGAGGCCACCACGACAGGCAGUGCAGUGCCGGACGAGCCUUUCGUGUCCAGCGCCCUCCUUGCCACACAUUCAAUCCCUGUCUCCACCACUGUCGCAACCAUUCCUUCUGCUCCUAGUGUUUCCACUGCCCCUACUGCUCCCUCACCUGUGCCCAUCCGAGCCUGGAGGGCAGGCAUGGCGAGCGCAGCACUGGCUCCUGCGCCUGCCGCCUCUCCUCCCCCACAAACUGCAGCGGUGGGGCGACUGCAGAGUGACUUCCUGAACCGCUUCCAGCAGCAGCAGCCGGAGGAGCAGCAACAGCAGCAGGCCUCUGAGGCUCCCCUCACACCUCCACAGCAGCAACAGCAGGCAUCUUUGAAUUCCGCUGCAGUUGUGGACUCUUCUGCUGAUGUGGCGCAGGCUGCUGAUGUGGCGCAAGUUGCUGAUGUGGUGCAACCUGUGGACAUGAAGCACGCAGCUGAGGUCAAAGCAGGUGACAAGUCAGAAUUACCUGCUGGUGGUGAUGAUGUGAUUGCUGAUAAGGAACAGUCUGCACAUGUGGUAUCAGCUCCUGACGUGGCACCCCCUGCUGAUGUGGACGUGGAGGGCGAUUCCAGACCAUCUUCUCCAGAGGGGUCAGCCACCAGCAUCAAAGAUGCUGCUGAUGUGGCAGCUGAGUUGGAUGCUGAUGUGGCAGCUGAGGUGGCUCUGGAUGCAGCUGGAGGUGCUAGUUUGCUGCUGGCAAGUGAGUUGGUUGCACCUGUGCUGCAGACGAGAGGAGAGGCCGAGGAGGUGGAAGCAGAACAGGAGAAAGCAGAUGUAUUUUCGGGACCAGAUUCUGAACCUGACUCUGAUUCUGAACCUGACUCUGAUUCUGACGUGGCUGCUGAUGUGCCUGUUGACAUGGCUGCUGAUGUGUCUGUUGACAUGGCUGCUGAUGUGUCUGUUGGCGUGGUGGCUGAUGUGGCUGCUGACAUGGCUCUGCGAGUGCCUGGAGGUGAAACUGCAGUGGUGCCAUCUCCAUCACGAUCAGACUCCGAGUCUGACUCUUCUUUCGGAACUGAUGUGGCUGCUGACGUGGCCGCUGAUGUGGCUGCUGACGUGGCCGCUGAUGUGGCUGCUGACGUGUCGUCUGAUGUGGCACCGUGUGCGGCUGGAGGUGAGACUGCAGCACUGCCAUCCCCAUCUGGACCACACUCUGAGGUUGACUCUGCACCAGAAGCUGAUGUGGCUGCUGACGUGGCUCUGCAUGUGUCUGACUGUGAAGCUUCAGCUCUGCCAUCGCCACCAGGAUCAAACUCUGACGUUGACUCUGCACCGGAACAAGAGAGGGUGGAGGAAGAGACAAGGAGUGAGGAUGCUGAGAGGGAGGAGGAAGAGACAAGGAGUGUGGAGGCUGAGAGGGAGGAAGAAGAGACAAGGAGUGUGGAAGCAGAGUGGGAGGAGGAAGAGACAAGGAGUGAGAAAGCAGAGAGGGAGGAGGAAGAGACAAGGAGUGAGGAUGUAGAGAAAGAGGAGGAAGAGAGGGGGAGUGAGAAAGCAGAGAGUGCGGAGGAAGAUGGGGGUAGUGAUGAUAAAGCAAGGCUGCAGGAGGUUGAAGUAGAGGUUAUAGCGAUGGGUGGGGCGGCAGUUGUGGCUGUCGCGGUGCUUGCAGGGGUGGAUGGGGCGGCAGCGGACGAGGAGGGUGAGGGGAUGCUGGGAGCAGUGGAGGGCAGGGAGCCGUUGGGGGCGGAGGAGGGAGAGGAGAGUGAGGAGGGUAAGGAGAGUGAAGAAGCUGGGGAGAGUGAGGAGAGUGAGGAAGCUAAAGAGGUGAAGGAGGCUAAGGAGGAGCAUGAGGAGGCCGAGUCACAUUCUGAUGAUGCUGAGUCACGCUCUUAUGAUGCUGAGUCACAUUCGGAUGCUGAGUCACGCUCUGAUGCUGAGUCACGCUCUGAUGCUGAGUCACGUUCUGAUGCUGAGUCACGUUCUGAUGCUGAGUCACGUUCUGAUGCUGAGUCACGUUCUGAUGCUGAAUCACAUUCUGAUGCUGAGUCACGUUCUGAUGCUGAGUCAUGUUCUGAUGCUGAAUCACAUUCUGAUGCUGAGUCGCAUGCUGAGUCACUUUCGGACGCAGCUUCUGCAGUCGCUGUACCUCAGUCUCCUGCGGCACCUCAUUUGCCAGCUGGGGAUGAAGCAGCUGCUCCUCUCAGUGCUACCUCCUCUCCUACCUCUGCCACCCAGUCGGGCUCACCUGCUGUGCCUGAAGCUGCUGCUGCUCCUGAUCUGCCUGCUCUGCCUGAUUCUCCUGCUGCAUCUGAGGCGCCUGCUGUGGAAGAUUCUCCUGCUGCACCAGAAUCACAUGCCAUACCUCAUUCACUUGCCGUGCUUGAUUCACCUGCGGGGGGGGAUGAGCCACCUGAUUCUCUCAGCUCUGCCUCCUCUCCUGCCGCUGACACCCAUUCGGUGGUUCUAAAUGAGAGAGAGAAGGAGGAGAGCGGGGUGACACCUGCUAUAUUAGAUUCGUCUGCAAUGCCUGAUUUCCCUGCUUUACCUUACACACCUGAUUCACCUGCUGCACCUGAUUCGCCUGCCGCACCUGAUUCACCUGCUGCACCUGAUUCACCUGCUGCACCUGAUUCGCCUGCCGCACCUGAUUCACCUGCCGCACCUGAUUCACCUGCCGCACCUGAUUCACCUGCUGCACCUGAUUCACCUGCCACACCUAUUUCGCCUGCCGGAGCUGAACCAGCUGCUCCUUUCAGCCCUGCCUCUCCGGCUGCGUCUGACUCCGAGUUGGUGGCUCAAGUUGAGAGCGAGGAGGAGGAGAGGGUAGUGGUGCCUGCUGUUUCUGCUUCUCCUGCUAUAUCUGAUUCUCCUGGCGCUGAUUCACGUGCAGCAUCUGAAACACGAACACCUGCUGUACCUGAUUCACCUGCUGCUGCACCUGAUUCACCUGACUCACCUGAUUCAUCUGCUGCAUUUGAAACACCUGCUGUACCUGAUUCACCUGCCACAGCUGAGGAAAGUCAAAGGGAGGAGGAGAAAGGUGAAAGGGAGGAGGAGGAAAGUGAAAGAAAGGAGUUGGAAAGUGAAAGGGAGGAGGUGGGAAGUGAAAAGGAGGAGGUGGAAAGUGAAAGGGAGGAAGUGGAAGAGGAGGAAGGAAAGUGGGAAGAGGAAAAAGAGGAGGAGAGAGGAGACGAGGCAAGGGGAAAGGUGGAGAGAAAUGAAGAGGAAGCAGAGACGAUGCAAGAGGAGGAGAGGGGAGAGGAGGAAAGAGAAGAAGACGGAGAGGAGAAGGUAGAAGAGGAAGAGAGCAGAGUGGAGGUGAUAGAGGAGAAGGUGAAGAGAGACGGUGUGUCAGGGGCAGAGGAAAAGACGGAAAAAACUGGAGACCUUGAGAGAGAGAGCAUGAACCGAGAGGGUGAGGAGGGAGAGAGUGUAGUGGGAGAGAGUGUGGAGGGAGAGAGUGUGGAGGGAGAGAGUGUGGCGCGAGAGGGCGCAAAGGGGGAGGAUAAUGUGGCAGUGCCGGCAGGUGAUGCAAGCGUGAGUGGCCAGAGCACAUCAGAGGCUGCUUCGAAGAGAAUUGAAGUGUCAGAGCCUGCGCCUGUGGCAGCAGUAGAAGCUGAAUGGGCAGACAUGGGAGGAUCAGCAGCGGUGGAAGGCGAAGCAGCGGUGGCGGGAGAAGAAGCAGUGGAAGGGUCAGCAGCGUUGGAAGGAGAAUCAGUAGAAGGAGCAGCAGCAGCACUGGUGGCUGAAGCACCAGGAGCAAGGGAGGACGGGCAAGCAGCAGAAGAUGAGACAACACCCCCCUUGGUGGAGCAGACGCAAGCAGCAGCAAUGGCAGCAGGAGCUCCAUUCGUUGACACCGUUCACCCUCUUCCCACCCACUCCUCGUCCCUUGCUGUUCCCUCUCCUCCCUCUCCCCUCCCUGCGCCCUCUGUUCCCUCUGUCCCCUCUCCUCCAUCUGUUUCCUGCCGCCCUGCCAACUCAUGGAUCCACCCAGCACAGCCUUCUUCCCACUCCGGCUCUGAUUCCGAAUCUGACUGGUCCGACUCCGAACCUGCGCCCAAGCCUGUUCCCAUCCGAGCCUGGAGGGCAGGUAUGGCGAGUGCAGCAGCAGAAGCACCGUCUCCUGUGCCGGCUCCCGCUCCUGUUGUUCAAACUGCAGCAGUGGGGCGACUGCGAAGUGACUUCCUCAACCGCUUCCAGCAGCAGCAGCAAUCUGAGCAGCCCUCUUUGCCUCCUCUUGGGUCUCCACAGCAGCAGCAGCAGCAGCAGCAGCAGCGGCAGCAGCUGCAGCAGGUGGAGGGAGAGAAGGAGGGAGAGGAAGAGGAAGAGGGUGCGGGGAGUGGUGUAGCGUCAGUGGCAGCUGCGCCUGCCGCGUUUCCUGCUGCCCAGCCAGCAGUGGUGGGGCGACUGCGAAGUGACUUCCUCAACCGCUUCCAGCAGCAGCAGCAACAGCAGCAGAUGAUGGAGGGAGAAGGGAAGAGAGAGGGAGAGGGUGCGACAAUACUGGAGGUGAAGGACGAGGGUGUGUCAACAGCGGAAGAUCAUGAGGGAGAGGAAGUGAUAGUGACAGAGAGUGAGGAGGACAGAGCGGUUAAGAAAGGAGAUUCAACAAUAAUGGAGGUGAUGGAAGUGGGUAUGUCAGCGGAAGAUCAUGAGGGAGAGGAAGUGAUAGUGACAGAUGGUGAGGUGGAGAGAGCGGUUAAGGAAGAGGGAGUGGAAGCGAGAGAGGGAGAGGGAGUGGAAGCAACAGAGGAAGAGGGAGAGAAAGUGGGUGCGAUCGAGGGUGUGGGGGGUAAGGAAGCAAGGAUGGACGAGGAAGAGAGGGUGGAAGAGGGUAAGGAAGAGAGAGUGGAAGAGGGUAGGGUCGAGAGGGUGGAAGAGGGUAGGGACGAGAGAUUGGAAGAGGAUAAGGAAGAGAGAGUGGAAGAGGGUAGGGACGAGAGAUUGGAAGAGGAUAAGGAAGAGAGAGUGGAAGAGGGUAAGGAAGAGAGAGUGAAAGAGGGUAAGGAAGAGAGAGUGGAAGAGGGUAAGGAGGAGAGUACAGAAGAGGCUGGGUAUGAGCGAGUGGAAGAGGAUAGUGAGGUAGUGGCAGCGAGUAAGGAGGAGAGGAUGGAAGAGAUGCAGGAAGAGGCUAAGGAAGAAAAAGAGGAAGAGGGUAACGAAGAGACCAAGGAAGAGGGUAAGGAAGAGAUGAAGGAAGAAAGAGAGGAAGGUGGUAAUGAAGAGACUAAGGAAGACAGUAAGGAAGAGGUGAAGGAAGGAGAGGAAGAGGCUAAGGAGGAAAUCAAGGGAGAUGGUAUCUUGGUUGUCUCUUCCCCACCCCCACUCGCCUCCCCCCAGCCUCCCACCCUCCUGGCUUCACCUCGAAUUCCCCCACCUGCCGUUACCAUCAAGCCCCGCGCUGCAGACUCAUGGAUGCGGCGACCCAAUCAGGCUGACUCUGACUCACCCUCGGACUCUGACUGGUCCGACUCCGAACCUGCGCCCAAGCCCGUGCCCAUCCGAGCCUGGAGAGCAGGUGCGGCGAGUGGUGUGGCGGCAGUAGCACCUGCGCUUGCCGCCUCUCCUCCCUCACAAACUGGCCCCGUGGGACGACUGCGGAGUGUGGUUGACUCUGAUAUUGCGGCUGAUGCUUCUGCUGCAGCUGAGGAUGAAUACGUUCCUGAAAACUCUGGUGAUUUGGCAGCAGAGCCAGGAGCAGCAGCAACAACAACAGGGGCAGAAACGGCACUGGCAGUUGUUGCUGGGGAUGAGGUUGGAGAGGGAGAGGGGGCAGAGACGGUGCAAGAGGAAGAGGUGCAGUCAGGUGAAUUUUCAGGUGGAGAGGUGUUACAAGGCGACCUGGUUCCGGCUGACGUGGCAUCAGACCCAUCCACUCCUGUGCCAGCUGACGUGGCAUCAGGCCCAUCCACUCCUGUGCCAGCUGACGUGGCAUCAGGUCCAUCCACUUCUGUACCAGCUGAUAUGGCAGCAGAUGCACCGUCAUUACCUGAACCAUCUGUUCAUCCAACAAUCGUCUCCUCCUCUCAGCCACUUUCCUCCCCUCAGCCUUCUACUCCUCCUCACCGCACAGCACCUGCCGUUACCAUCAAGCCUCGCGCUGCAGACUCAUGGAUGAAGCGACCCAAUCAGGACUCUGACUCAGGCUCGGACUCUGAUUGGUCCGAUUCCGAACCUGCGCCCAAGCCCGUGCCCAUCCGAGCCUGGAGGCCAGGCAUGGCAAGCGCAGCGGCAGCAGCACCGACCCCUGCAUCUGCCGCCUCUCCUACUGCAGCAGCACCGGCUCCUACUCAAACUGCAUCAGUGGGGCGACUGCGGAGUGACUUCCUCAACCGCUUCCAGCAGCAGCCUGAGAAACUCCCUGUGCCUCCUUUCAGAUCUCCACAGCAGCAGCAUCAGCAGCUGUUGGCCGUGUCUCCUGAACAGGGAGAGGGCGUCAUUAGCAAGGUAGAGGAGGAGGGGGGUGAGUUUGAAGGCAGAGGAGAGGGUGGGGGGAGCAUGAGAGCAGAGGGUGUGGAAUCUGCGGCUGCUGAAGGUCCGCUGGCUGAUGCUGUGGAGGAGUUCUCUGCUGAGGUGGCAUCAGAAACUCCUGCUGACGUGGCAGUGGAAGCAACGGCUGAUGUGGCCACGGAAGCACCUGCUGAGGUGGCAGCGGAAGCACCUGUUGACGUGGCAGCGGAAGCACCUGCUGACGUGACAGCAGAAGCAGCUGCUGACGUGGCAUCGGGUGCGGCUGCUGACGUGGCAUCGGGAGCGGCUGCUGAAGUGGCAUCGAAAGCACUUGCUGAGGUGGAGGAGCAGGAGAAUGAGGCAUGGGAGGAAGAGAAGGGGGAAGAGGGUGGAGAAGGAGGAGAGGAGGAAAACGAGGAGGAUGAAAAAGAAGAGGAAGAAACGAAAGAAACAAAGGAGGAAGAAUUGGAGAAUGAGGAGGCGGAGGUAGAGGAGGAGGGUGCAGAAGCUGGGGAGGCUGCGGAGGGGGAGGAGGGUGCAGGGGAAGAGGAGGAAGGAGGGAGUGAGGCAGGAGAGGAAUCCACUGAGGAGGUGACUGUAGAAGUGACAGAGGAAUAUGAGGAGGUGACUGUAGAGGAAACGGAGGAGUAUGAAGAAGUGACAGUCGAAGUGACAGAGGAAUAUGAGGAAGUGACUGUAGAAGUGGAAGAAACGGGAGAAUAUGAGGAAGUGACUGUAGAAGUGGAAGAAACGGGAGAAUAUGAGGAGGUGACUGUAGAAGAAACGGCGGAAUACGAGGAGGUAACUGUAGAGGUAACAGAAGAAUACACUGAAGAGGAAGUUACUGUAGAAGUUACAGAGGAGUAUACAGAAGAGGAGGUUACUGUAGAGGUUACAGAGGAAGUCACAGACGAGGAUAAAUCAGAGGAGGUGGCAGAGGAGGGAGCAGGUGCAGCAGGUGGAAAAGAAGGAGAAAGCGCAGAGGGACAAGAUUCGGAAGGGGAGCAACAGGAGGAAGAGCAGGAGGAGGAACAGGAGGAGGAGCAGGAGGAGGACUAUGAAGAGUAUGAGGAGCAGGAAGAGGAAGAAGAGGAAGAGGAGGAGGAAGAGGAGGAGGAGGAGGCAAGUGAAAAAGAGAGCACAAACAGCAGCCCGAGGAGCAAGCCAGAGGAGAAGGAAGAGGAGGAGGACGAGGAAGCGAGGAUAAAGCGGCAGGAGCAGGAGGAGAGGAACGCGGAGGAGCAGCGGGCGCUGCGGCUGCGUGUGGCGAGCAUGAAGCGGUUCAAUGCGGUGCUGGGGGAGCUCAGAUUCCGCCAGGGCAUCCGCGAGGAGGGGGAGGGGGAGGGCGGCACAGGGGGGGGCGGAGGGGGAGGAGCAGGGGCGGGUGAGGGGAGCGGGACGGGCGCGUCUGGGACAGGAGGUGGAGGUGCUGUGGGGCAAGCGGGGGGAGCAGCAGCAGGAGUGGCUCCUAUUGCGCUUCCGGCCAUGGCAGGUGCUGCUGGUCGGCAGCAGCCCGAUCCUCACAGUCCGGGCAAGCGAUCGCGGAUGCUGUCGCUGGUGGCGUCACAGGGCCUGCACGUGCCGGCCAGUGCAGUGACUCGCGAGAUCAUGGGGCUCACAGGGGGGAGUGCCGGCUGGGGGCGAGCCGCACGAUCGCGUAUGCUGUCGCUGGUGGCGUCACAGGGCCUUCACGUCCUGGCCAGUGCAAUGACUCAGGAGAUCAUGGGGCUCACAGGGGGGAGUGCUGGUGUUGCGCCGUUCACGGAUGCUCUCUCUGGUGGCGUCACAGGGCCUGCAUGUGCCGGCCAUGCAGUGACUCGAGAGAUCAUGGGACUCACAGGAGGGAGUGCUGGUGCUGCUGAUACCUGUUUACCAUUUCUCCUCUCUCUCACUCUUCGCAUCUUCCCUUCGAACUUGCAGCGAUCGCGGAUGCUCUCUCUGGUGGCGUCACAGGGCCUACACGUCUCGGCCAGUGCAGUGACUCGCGAGAUCAUGGGACUAACAGGGGGGUUGCUGGUGUUGCGCCGGUCACGCAUGCUGUCGCUGGUGGCGUCACAGGGUCUGCAUGUGCCGGCCAGUGCAGUGACUCGGGAGAUCAUGGGGCUCACAGGGGGGAGUGCUGGGCUGGGGAGUCGGAGCAUGGUGGUUCGGGACAGCAUGGGGCGUGCGGGAGGAGGUGGUUUUAACCUGGGGCUGAGUCGCAGUAUGGUGAAGGAACGAAAGCAGCCUUCGUUGCUGGAUAGUAGUGGUAGCGAGGAGGAAGAGGAGGAAGAGGAGGAGGAGGAAGAGGAGGAAGAGGAGGAAGAGGAGGAAGAGGAGGUGGAGGAGGAGGAGGAGGAAGAGGAUGAUAAUGAUGAGGAGGGUGAGGGUGGAGCAGAGGAAGGGGAGGGAGAAGAAGAGGAAGAGGAAGAAGAGGAGGGGGAGGAGGAAGAGUAUGGAGAGGCGGCGGAGGAGGAGGAAGCAGGGGGAGAGGGAGGAGACGAGGGAGAGGAGGAGGAGGAGGAGGAUGCACAGGAGGAAGUAGAUGGAGUGGAUCAAAAAGAGAAUGAGGAAAGCGCGGAGGAGGAAGAGAAGGAGGAGAACGAGGAGAAUGAGGAGCAGGAGGACUUAGAGCACGAAGAUAUGGAGGUUGGGGGCGAGGCGACUUGGAAGAUGGAGGGAGCGGAGGAGGGUCCAGGUGAAGGGGAGUCAGCUGAGGAGGACGAUGAGAGCAAUGAGGAGGAAGAGGAGGAGGAGGUAGAGCAGGAGGACCUGGAGGAGAACGCAGCAGGACACACGGAUAUGGAGGUCAGGGGCGAGGAGUCUUGGGACAUGGAGGCUGAGGAGGGCCCAGGUGAGGAGGAAGAGGAGAAUGAGAAGGUAGAGCACGAGACAGAGCACACCGAUAUGGAGAUCAGGGGCGAUGAGUCUUGGGACUUGGAGGAGGCUGAGGAUGCUCCCGCUGAGGAUGCUCCAACCGAGGACACUCCAGCUGAGGAGAGCCCAGCUGAGGCAGGAGGAGGAGCGGAUGAGGAAGCAGGCAGUGAUUCUGCCAAAGACCCCCUGCUGCUGAAUGUGUCUGAGGGUGAGGGGCGUGUGAAGGCCCUUGCUGCUGCUAUGCUGUCGCCUACUGCUACUGCUGCUGAUACCACCACUGCAUCCCCUAAAGAGGCGGUGGCGUUAGGUGUUGCUGGGGGGCGUGUGAAGGCUCUUGCUGUUGUGGUGGCGUCUGCUGCUGCUGAUACCACCAGUGCACCCUCUAACAAGGCUGCGACUGUGGACGUUUCUGCUGGGAGGGUGAAAGCACUGGCUGCUGUGGUGGCUUCAUCUGCAUCUGCUGACGCCACCAGUGCACCCUCUAAGGAACCGGCGACUCUGAAUGUUGCAGAGGGGCGUGUGAAGGCUCUUGCUGCUGUGGUGGCGUCUGCAACUCCUGACACCACAGCUGCAGCCCCGAAAGAGGCAGCAACUAUAAAUGUUCCUGGCGGGCAUGUGAAAGCUCUUGCUGCCGUGGUUGCGUCAACUGCUGCUCCUGCUGACGCCACCAGUGCAUCCCCCAAAGCGGCGGCGGCUGUAGAUAUCGCUGGCGGGCAUGUGAAAGCUCUGGCUGCUGUGGUGGCGUCUGUGGGUGCUGCUGGUGCCACCAGUGCACCCUCUAACGAGUCAGCGGGUCUAGAUGUUGCUGGUGGGCGUGUGAAGGCUCUUGCUGCCUUUGCGGCUGCUCCUGCUGCUGAUGAUACCACCAGUGCACCCUCUAAAGAGUCACCGGGUCUAGAUAUUGCUGGGGGGAGGGUGAAGGCGCUGGCUGCUGCGGUGGCAUCCACUGCUGCUGCUGACGCCACCAGUGCACCCCCUAAAGAGGUGGUGGUGACUGGAGACGUUGCUGAGGGAUGGGUGAAGGCUCUUGCUCCCUCUGUGGCUGCUCUUGCUGCUGCUGAUACCACCAUUGCACCCCUUGAAGAGGCAGCGGCUCUAGAUGUUGCAGAGGGGCGUGUGAAGGCUCUUGCUGCUGUGGUGGCUUCUGUGGCAGCUGCUGACUCUGUCAGUGCAACGCCUAAAGGUGUGGCGAAUCCUGAUUUUGCAGAGGGGCGUGUGAAGGCUCUUGCUGCUCGGGCUGCCUCUGCUGCUGCAAACAACAGUGCUGAAAGCACCGGCGGUGCUUCAAAGGACUUGGUCUCUCUGGAGGUUGGAGAGGGGCGGGUGAGAGAGCUCGCUGCUAUGGCUGCCUCUGCUGCUGCCAACAGCAGUGCAACCGCCAGUGCUGCUUCAAAUGACCCCUCUCUGGAUGUUGCUGGGGGGAGAGUGAGAGAGCUCGCUGCUCUGGCUGCCUCUGCUGCUGCCAAUAACAGUGCUGAAACUGCUGACAGUGCUCCAAAGGACUCCUCUCUGGACGCUGGUGAGGGCCGUGUGAAGGCCCUGGCUGCUCUUGCUUCCACUGGUGCUACCUCUGGUAACAAUGUUAGUCAAGGCCAAUCUAAUAGCAAUGGUGAACCCACCACGCUGUACGGCAAUGACAAGAGCAUCCAGCAGCAGCAGCAGCAGCACUACCCUGCUCCCUCCCCACGCCUCAUCCACCGUCCCUACUCCCCGUCACCGCGCUCCAUCCCUCACUCCCCAUCCGCCCAUCUCCCCUGCUACACUCGCUGCCCCUCCACCCAUCUCGUGAGCCCCAUUCGCCCCCGAAGAAGCUUCAGCCCUAGUAGGUUCCGGGCAUUUGAUGCUGCAGCAGUGGCAGCAGCAGCCUUGUCAGGAGUUUCCCCUCAGCGCCGCCGCUCCCCUUCGCCGAACCUCCCACGUUAUUCCGCCUCUCCGGGGGCUUAUCCUAGCGGCUUUCCCAUCCGAACCUCGUCUGUGAGCCCGAGCCAGUCACCCAUGGCCCGAGGCCUGCCUCCACGGCUGCCGCCGAGGUUCGGCAGCAGCGUGAGGUUUGGUGGGGGUGCGAGGGACCCGAGGUUUGGCGAGUUCCGUGAUUCGUCGAGAGAUUCAGAUUUCCGCGAGGGGGCGGGGAGGAGAGGUGCUGGCAUGGGGGAGGUAGGGGGAGGUGGAGCAGGAGGGGUUGGGGGUUUGGGGAGUGGGGGAGGGAGUGGGGGAUACAGCAAAUCUCGGUCGUUGGAUCGACAGAUAAUGGUGGGAUCACCAGGAGGGAUGGUGGGAGGCGCGGGGGAUGUGCUUAUAACGAAGGGCAGUGGCGGCGGCAUGGAGGGAGAAGGGCAUGAGGGGGAAAUGCUGGGGGAUGAUGCAGAAAACGAGGAGGAGAGAGAGGAGGAAGAUGAAGGGGAGGAUGAGGACGAUGAGGAGGAGGGAGAGGAGGAGCGAGAGGAGAAGGGUCCACCUAGUGAGGGUAUGCAGACACAAGGGCCAGCAGCUGCAACAGUGCCUUCAAGCGAGGCCAACGGGAUUGCUGGCAGUGGCAAGACAUGGAAAGACAUUCUUCUCUCUGUGAAAGCAGCGUCUCAGCCCGGAAGAGCUGUUCCCGGUUCUAAUGCAGGGAGACAAGAGGGUGUGGGUGUUUCUGCCCUGGCAGCUGUAGCGGCAGAGGUUGUAACGGGAAUGGACGGAGGCAGGGAGGGAGGGGUGGGUGAUGUGGCUGGGGUGUUGGGGAAUGGAGCAUUGGUGUUUGGUGCAGUUGAUGUGGUCGGGGGGACAGCAGGGAAGUCGGUGGGGGCGAUUGGAGAAAUGCAUGGGGAGGCGUGCCGGCAGGAGGGAUGGAAGAGGGCGAGAAGCGUUGCAACUGGAGUAAUGGCGACUGGUGGGGUGAUGGCAGGUGGGCAGCAGCAUUCGAUUUACAGAGGGAUAGCAGAGGGAGAAGAGGAGGGAGGGAUGGAGAACGAAAAGGACGGACCAGCUGUGGUAGAAGGGGAAGUUGUUGGGGGGGUUGGAGCAGAAAAAGAGGCAGCAGAGGGAGAUUUUGCAGCUGCAAACAGCAACACGGGUGCAGAGGGGAGAGGGAGGGUGGAGGAGUGGGGGGGGCAGAGCCCCAUGAGGGAGCUUCUGGGGGCGUUGGAGUCUCCCACCAGAUGGGCUCACUUGUGUGCCAAGAUGGAGCAGCAGAGGCAGCUGUAUGAAGCCCAAGGUGAGCCUUAUGUGUGCCUUAUGAAUCUCAAGGUGAGCCUUAUGUGGGAGAGGAUAGUGUGUAACAGUGUCAAGCUGCUGGGUGCGUUGGAGUCUCCUACCAGAUGGCCUCACCUGUGUGCCAAGAUGGAGCAGCAGAGGCAGCUGUAUGAAGCCCAAGACGACUCAAGAGCCACCCAGCUAUCAGACCUGCCGGACGAGUUCAUCGUCCAGAUCCUCUCUCGCCUCACCGACCCGCUCGACUGGACGGCGUGUCUCGUCCUAUCCAGACGCUUCGCCGCCCUCUCCUGCCUCGCGCUGCAAGCCCUCUACCUCCUCCCGAACCGCCUGCUCCCCAAGCCUCUGCUGGCUCGGUACCUAGCCUGUUACCCGAACCUGGCAGUGCUGUAUCUGCCCUGGAACAGCGUGGAGGUGGAGGGAGAUGAUGUUUUCGAGAUGAUUGCUUUAUCCAGAUUGGAGCUGCAGGCUCUGCAUGUCGAUGUCUUCCCUGGUUACAAUGAGCGCUCUUACGCAAGAACACCAGCAGGCCUCACCACCCUCUUCACUGCCCUCCCCUCCCUCCGCUAUCUCGCCCUCUGCACCGGCCGAUACAUCCGCUCCCUCCCAGCCUCCAUCGCCCGUCUUUCCCUCUUAGAGGAGCUGCUUAUAAUGAAUCAGUCUUCUAAGCUUGGUUUGCGGUCUCUUCCGCCUGCCCUCGGUCAGCUUUCGAAUCUUCGCCGCCUGGUGCUCGAUUCCUGUCUACAGCUUCCUACGCUGCCCGAGGAAAUCGGGCAGCUGACUGGAUUGGAGGAGCUGGAGCUGCUGAGCCUGGAUUGUUUACGCCAGCUGCCCGAAUCUAUCGGGCAGCUUCAGUGCCUGAAGUGGUUCAAGAUGUGCUGGUGCAUGUCGGUCCGCAACCUGCCCGAGAGCAUCGGGCAGCUGAAAGAAUUGGAGGAGAUGGUCAUCAACAUGGCAGCAAGUGAAACGUGGCUGGGCAGCUUGAAAGAGCUUCCGCAAUCUUUCGGUCAGCUCUACUCCCUGCGGUUCCUGAAGAUUGUCGGCUGCCCGUUGAUGCUGGAUCUGCCCGAAUGUUUUGGGCAGCUUUAUCAGCUUGAAGAAUUUGUUUUUGACAACAAGGGCUUUGCAGAGGAGUCCGAAGCCUGCGGACUUUUAUCCCUGCCCGACUCCUUCGGGCAGCUGACAAGUCUCGUGCGAUUGGAGCUCCGCAACUGCUUCGCCCUCACCUCUCUGCCCGAAUCUCUCGGGCACCUUCCGUACCUCUACUCGCUCAAGCUCAUUGGCUGCUAUUCUCUCGCCACGCUGCCCGAAUCUCUGGGCAGCUCAGGCAGCCUCCAGCUGCUUCUUGUGGAUAACAAGGUGGAUGAUGAUGAGGAUGAAGAGGAGGAUGGGGAUGGGGAUGAGGAUGGGGAGGAGGAUGGGAUGAGCAUAGUGAGCCAUUCAACGGCCAUGGACAUGCACAUGAGCAUGAACGGCACUGACGAUACCGCUGCUAGCGAUGACGGCGCGAGCACCGGCAGAAACGAGGACGGAGAGAAUCACGACAAUGGUCAUUAUGACAAUAACGGCCAUAAUGAGGAGGAGGACGAGGAGGAUGAGGAGGACGAUGAUGACGAUGAUGGUCCGAGCGGUCUGCUCGCCCUGCCGUCAUCCAUGGGUAUCACCCCAUCAGCCAUGUGCAACCUCCGUCAGCUGGUCCUGCGAGCCAACGUCUCCCUCACCACCCUCCCGCCUGCCUUCUUCUCCCUCCACCUUCUUGAAAGCCUCGUUCUCGACUUCACAGAGACCAGAAAUCGGGAAUCUUUCUCGGACCCACCUGCCAGCCGCCUGGGGUCCAGAUCAGCGUCUCAAGCGUCGCUCUCAGGAAGCGGUGCAGUUGGCUUGGGCAGCGAUGCGGUUACCACGGAGACAGGCAGUGCGAUGAACUCUUCCCUGAUGUUGAUUUUGCCGGCUGACUUGCCAACCACACUGGAGAAGAAAUCCAAGCCUGCGGGAAUAGCUGAGCUUCCAGAGGAGAUUUCACAGCUGGUUAAUCUUCGACGGUUGGAUUUGAUUGGCUGCUCGAAGCUUUCCAAGCUGCCCGAAUCCCUGGGCAGCCUCCAGUUCCUGCAGAGGCUGGUGGUUGCAUUCUGUCCGGCCAUUCAGGCCCUCCCGGCUGGCGUCGGGCAGCUGAAAUUCCUCCAGACGUUUGUUGUUCAGAACUGCCCGAAUCUGCGGCACCUGCCCGAAUCGUUAACAGCACUGGCAGGGCUGCCCGAGCUGUGCAUAGAUGAGAAAUCUGUGGGCGUGAAGAUUCCAGACCAUUUGUUGAGGCUGCCCGGUUUCCGCCGUGACAGCUGUUUCUUUGAAGACCGGCUCUUCAUUGACUUAAUUGAGUGA